AUGAAUCAACCCGCAACUCUGUCUCUCAGUAAGAAGCAAAGGGCGGGUGAACCUGAGACAACUGUAGCCGCAUCCAUUUCCACCCAAAAGGAUUUGGACCACGAUAUGGCCGAGCUACUUAGCAGCCUGCAAGUAAAUCUGCCUUCACAGGCAUCCAAAGGACAAUAUGUUCCUUCACUACCACCGAACCCAUCUCAGGGAACUUUGGUAUUUUAUACAGGUACAGCUGGCGGUGUGACAAACACGAGCAAAACACAUGCACUAGAGGAUUGUGACAAAUCUUUGAGUGUUCGUGAGAGUGGAGAGCGAGUCAUUCUGCAGGAAAAGGUUGCUGAUCAUCUCUCUAGUUCUUUGAGAGAGGAAGUAAGAGAACAUGUCAAGGGCAUUCACUCCAGAAUUGACAAAAAUCAUGAGCUUUAUAUGUCAAAGUUUGAUAGCUUGGAGCAAUCAAUGGCCCAAGUUAUUCAACACUUUCAGAAUUCAAAAUCUACAGCUCAAUCAUCUGGAGAGGAUCCCUCAACUAAGGGGGAGAAAGAUAAAGAUAAAGAUAAAGAUAAAGACAAAGAUGGAGAUGAUAAGGGUGGAGAGACCAAAGGCAAGGGAAAUAGCUCAAACGCCGAAAGUUUCAAAGAUACUUCUAAUGCUGAUCAAGAACAGGACAAAGGCAAAGAUAAGAUGCAUGAUUCUGAUGCCUUCCACAAUUACAACUAUUCGGAAGACAUGGAGGAUGAUGACAUCGUUGAUGAUGAGUAUUUUGAAGCUGGCAUAGGAAACUUUGAGGAAAGCUUUCAGUUUCUUGAAGAAGAGCCCGUUGACCCUGAACAUGAGUAA